AUGGUUUCAUUAUUCAAAGGGGCUAAGGUUCCACUGACCAAGGGGAGACCCACGUCUAAAAGACCCCCAAACACAGCAUUUAGACAACAAAGACUUAAGGCCUGGCAACCUAUACUGUCUCCUCAAAGUGUACUUCCAUUUUUAAUAUUUAUUGCAUGCAUAUUUACUCCCAUUGGUAUUGGGCUCAUUGUGAGCGCUAGUAAGGUACAAGACCUGACAAUCGAUUAUAGCCAUUGUGAUACAAAGGCGUCUUCAACUGAUUUUGUUGACAUACCAAAAAAGUACACCAAAUACCACUUCAAAAAUAAAGUCGAAAAGAGGCCACAAUGGAAACUAACUGAAGGCGAAGGCGGUGAAAAGUCAUGCGACCUUCAAUUUGAAAUUCCGAACGAUAUCAAGAAGUCUGUUUUCAUAUAUUACAAACUGACCAAUUUCUAUCAAAAUCAUCGUAGGUACGUUCAAUCAUUCGACAGAGGGCAGAUAUUAGGGGAACCUACCAAAUUGGACGACUUGGAUACGAGUUGUAGUCCUAUAAGAAGUAGGAACGACAAGAUGAUAUAUCCAUGUGGGUUGAUUGCUAAUUCCAUGUUUAAUGACACAUUUUCUCAAAAAUUAAGUGGUGUUGAGGGUACUGGAGACUACAAUUUAUCUAACAAGGAUAUAUCAUGGAAUAUAGAUCGCCAUAGAUUCAAAGCCACCAAGUAUAACGCUAGCGAUAUUGUUCCACCGCCAAACUGGAUGAAGAAGUAUCCCGACGGGUAUACCGACGAGAACAUUCCUGACAUUCAUGAUUGGGAAGAAUUUCAGGUAUGGAUGAGAACGGCAGCCUUUCCCAAGUUUUAUAAGCUAGCAUUGAAAAAUGAAUCAGCCCCCUUGCCAAAGGGUAAGUAUGAAAUGAAUAUUGAGUUAAAUUAUCCUAUUUCGCUAUUCGGCGGCACGAAAUCGUUUGUCUUAACUACAAAUGGUGCAAUCGGUGGUAGAAAUAUGUCGCUUGGCGUGUUAUACCUGAUUGUUGCGGGCCUCUGCGCCUUAUUUGGUAUCGUAUUUUUGGUCAAAUUAAUUUUUCAACCAAGAACAAUGGGUGAUCAUGCUUAUUUGAAUUUCGAUGAUGGAGAGGAAGAAGAUUAUGAGAAUGCGCACACUGAAAAUUCCACAUUAAGGGAAAUAUUAUAA